AGUGUAGCUGGGAAGAAGGUCAUUGCUCAGCUGGGGCAGAAAAAGGCCAAACUGCAAAGUCCCCCCUCCAGGGAGCACAGCAGCGGGGGAAAAGGGGCAGAGCCAUCAACGGAAAGUCACAAGCAAGAGACAGCACAACCAUCUGGUGCCAGGGCGUGGGACAACCUCUGGGAAGGAAAUGGGACUCUGGUGAUUUCCCAUUUCUGUCCUGGACUUUUCCCUCACCUUCAUCACUCAGAAGACUGAAAUGGAGGGAGAGAGUCAAGAGUCUCAACGUCAUUGUCUCAUCCGUGGAAUAGACCACCUGGUGAUGACUGUGAAGAGUAUUGAAGAAACGGCAUCGUUUUAUUCAAAAUCUCUGGGCAUGGAAGUGGUGACCUUCAAGGGAAACCGGAAAGCCUUGUGCUUUGGGAAUCAGAAAUUUAACCUUCAUGAGGUCGGGAAAGAGUUUGAACCAAAAGCCCACAGCCCUGUUCCUGGAUCCAUAGAUGUCUGCCUGAUCACAGACUGCCCUCUGCACAAGGUGGUGGAACACCUAAAGGACUGCAACAUCCCUAUUGAAGAAGGCCCAGUGACCAGAACUGGAGCUCUGGGGCCGAUUGAAUCAGUGUACUUCCGAGACCCUGACAAGAAUCUGAUUGAAGUUUCCAAGUACAUCACGGAGCAUGUUGGAAACCAGGCGUGAUUCUGUAGGGUUAUUCUUUGCAAACUGUCACUUCCUCCUUUUUCUAGCCCCACCCACGUUAUUUCACCAUUCGCUAUAUCACAUAUUCACAGAACAUAUUGGAUAUACCAUUCCAUGCUUUGACACAUACAUCUGUAGGAUACCUGGGGACCUUGGCUGGUCCUUCCCACACCUCCAGAAAGAUACCCAUGUGCAUUGAUCACCCCAAGAGGGAGAGCAAUGUCUGCACAAUGAAACACCGUGAAAUCCCUCUCUCUGAAAUUAGGCUGAGUCUGAAAUUGGUCCAAGGAAUAAUGGAGAGGGGAAGGACAUCUGUUGCCCAUAUGUUUGAUUCUAAACAAGGGGAAGAUGGGAAGAUAGUAUUUCCCCCAGUUCAUCUGCCUUUGGGCACAUAGGAAUCAUGCUGGCUUCUGGCUGGCCUGUGGUCUGGGCAUGAGCCUCUGGUGCUACUGCUAUCUCAGAGUUUGCUCCUUCAAGAUCAAAGGAAAGAAGCACAGAGAAAAGAACCAAGGGAAAAGAGGAAGAGCACAGAAGAGGAGCAACCCUGUGAGAACAGGGUGAGAGCCCUGAUGUGAGCUGGGACUGGGUCUGCCAUCCAUUAUCUGCCUUACAACGGAUUGAAGUGAACUUCUUUCCUGCUACCUCAAUGGGUCCCAAACAGACGUCUUCCUCUGAGUUCCACCAUGGUUGCAACUGUCCUCACACGCGCUGCAUUUGGAACAUGACUCUCUUAUCCUGAUUCAUAUGAUCUCUCCUCCUUUUCUAGCAUUAAUAUUUAUGCAUAGAUCAGGAUACUGAAGAGACUGAAAAAGAGUUCUUAAACUCAGAGAUUUUCCCCGAUUCAAACGAUUGCUUCCUGUUUAGGCCAAUCCUCCACAAAAUUGCCAAGUUGACCAAGUUUCUUUGUGCCCCUGCCUCACUUUUUUGCACUCUGCUCUGUCCUCACCCUUGCCAGGGCCUAGAAUGUUAGACUAGAAAGGAAACUUCAAGAUCACUGACUCAAACCACCUCAUUUUGCAGAAAACUAAAGUGUGACCCACAGAAGGAAAUGACUCGCCCGAGGUCAUAGAGAGCUAGUCAGGGGCAGAGCCAAGUGCACCACUGCGCUAGGUGCCCUCCACCCCCAACCCCUAAUUUUGUUUCUCAACACUGAGACAAUAGCUGAUGGAGGGAGGGAGAGAGAGAGAGAGAGAGAGAGAGAGAGAGAGAGAGAGAGAGAGAGAGAGAGAAGAGACCUUCAGAGAUAAGACCCCCAUCCUAGGCCUGAAUGUAGCCACAACUCACCAGCUUUUGGGGUUCUCACACAGCAGGAAGUCUGAGAAUUCAAGGAGCAGUUUAGCCUGAAGGGCCCCACACAACAAAGAAAGGGAAACCUGAGUCAGAAUAAGUCAAAAGAGGGUAUUGACCUGGAUGUACCAAGAUGUCAUAUUUCCAGAAGCUUUUUUUCUCACUUUGAUUUGAUUUUUAAAUUCUGAACUUAACAAACACUAAAUAAAAGCCUUCUUGUGUUCCCUGUACCACACCAAACUGUAAGCCUCUAUUGUGGACAACUGCUUUUCUUUGAAAACAUGUAAUAAAUUGAACAUGUCACUUUCAAA